UGGAUCGUGGAUAUAAUUUAACAAUAGUAGCUCCUGGGAAUUUUACGGCUACGACUACUCUAUAUCAUUCGAUUCCACAAAUAAAUCUUUCAGAGCCUAUUAACACUUAUGCGUCUCCGGAGUUUAGAGAAAUCUUUUUGAACGAAUAUACUUAUAAAAGCUUAGCCUAUGGAAGAACAGUACAUAAUAAAAAAUAUAUAGAAUACUUUAAUAAAUAUUUGCAAGCUUAUAAAGAAACCAAGGCUGACUUAUUUUUUUGUGACUAUGUGUCAAAUGAGGCUUGCUUUGAUCUAGCAUGGAAAUUAAAAAAGCCUGUUAUUGGAUUUGUCAAUCCAAUGCUUGGUUGUCCUGUGAGCAUGGAGAAUGAAUCAUUCUAUAAUCGGUUUAGAUGUGCUGUAGUACAGCCAUUACGACUUGGAUGGCAUUUUCGAAAAAAUCUAAAUUACCUCAAUGCUAAAAGAGCCGAAGUCGGUGUUAGCGGACAUUGUGACUUUAGAGGAACAAUAGCCAAUACUUUAUUUUUGGUCGAUAAUUUCUUUGGAUUUGAGGUCUCAUCCGCUUGGCUUCCACUUCAUCAAGAAAUUGGUCCUAUUUUACCUGAUAUUUAUCCAGAUCUAUCUCCUGAUCUCGAAUUAUUUCUUUCCGCUCAUCCUAGAACUAUGUAUAUUGCUCUAGGGACUGCGGCAUACACUACUCCUAAAAAUUUCGUUAUUGUUUUACAGUCUGCUCUUGAAUUAAUUAAUAGUAAUAUUCUUGAUGGUGUAAUCUGGGCAACCGUAAGGUUUAAUGAAUCGGAUCUUCCUUCUACAUUUACGCUUUCUAAUGGUGAUAUUAUAUCCACUUCAAAUCUUUCAAAUAAUUUAUACCCACAUAUCUAUAUUACAAAAUAUGCUCCUCAGUUUGCAAUACUUUCUCAUGAGAAUACUAAAGUGUUUUUAAGUCAUGCUGGCGUAGGUAGUAGUCAUGAAUCUAUGUAUACUGCUACUCCAAUGUUAUUACUUCCAAUAGGGUUUGAUCAACCUGGAAAUGCUGGAAAGUUAGAGCUUACAGGUAUGGCUUUACUACUUUCAAAACUUGAUUUAAGAGUUGAUGAUAUAGUAUCAAAAGUUAAGAGAUUAAUGUUCGAAAAAAGUUUUAAAAUAAAUGCGGAGAGGAUGCAAGUGUUGGCAAAAUUUAAUAGUAAAAGAAAAUAUAGAGGUGCUGAUUUAAUUGAGAUAGUAAUGAAUUUGGCAAUGCUCGAAGGUGUUAGAAAUGAGAAUGGUGAACUUGAAGUCGACAAUAAAGUCUUGAUGAGACAUUGGAUCACUCCUAAUUCAAGAAUGGGUUUUAUUAGAGGAAAUUAUUUAGACGUUUUUGGUGUCGCUAUAAUUAUUGUUCUAGUAACGAUUACUAGUCUUGUAUAUGGUUUUUAUAAGGUUAUUAUGUUCGCUUUUAAGAAAUGGACUCUUAGAAAUAGGAAUUCGCAAGAAGAUUCUUCAAAACCUAAAAAUGAAUGA